CAACUAGCCCAGUCUUUGCUUGCAGCUCAGUGAUGGCGUUACCGCGGUUUCUUACUCAACUUUUGAUUUUCUUUACCUGCCUUUUGAUUGAGUUCGUCCUGGGACAGGAAAACUUUAUAGUGGGCGGUCAGAAUGCCGUCGAGGGCGAGGCUCCCUACCAAGUGUCCUUGCAAACUUUGGCGGGCAGUCACCUGUGUGGCGGAGCCAUCAUUUCUGAGCGUUGGAUUCUAACGGCGGGUCAUUGUGUGAAGGGUUAUCCUGCCAGCCGUCUACAGGUCGCCACGGGCACUAACCGCUAUGCCGAACCGGGAGCUAUCUACCAUCCUGAAUCCAUCUACCUCCACUGCAACUACGACACUCCCAAGUACCAUAACGAUAUCGGAUUGUUGCAACUGAAUCAGAGCAUUGUGUUUGAUGCUCGAACCCAGGCGGUGGAACUUCCCACCUCUCCGUUUCCCCAAGGAUCUUCGGAGCUGCUUUUUACCGGAUGGGGCUCCCAGUCGGCAGCCGGAACUCUUCCGUCUCAAUUGCAAAAGGUGCAACAACAGCAUCUCACCAGCACAGCCUGCAGAUCCCUGCUCACCGACUACGAGGAUCUGGAACUGGGUCCUUGUCACAUUUGCGCCUACCGACAAGCGAAUAUCGGGGCCUGCCACGGGGAUUCCGGAGGUCCUCUGGUCCACGAAGGAACACUGGUGGGAAUCUUAAACUUUUUUGUACCCUGUGCCAAGGGUGUUCCGGAUAUAUUUAUGAAUAUUAUGUACUACCGCGACUGGAUGCGGCAGACAAUGAGUGGCAAUGGAAAAUGUGGCCAUGUAGACCAGCAAAUAAUAAAUGGAUAACUUUCAAGUCCUUUAUUUUAAGUUAUUUCCAUCAUUUAUUGUUUUCCUAAAAAACUUAUUCUUAUAAUAUUUAUUAAAGAAACUUAAAACAGCCGAUUCUGCAGUUUAAAAAAGAAACCUAUAUUGUAAGUUUAGGAAUGCUAUAAAUAUUAGUCCCAUUUUGAUAAAAA